CCUGCAAUUUCUUCGAGAUCAUAAUGAAUCCUACGCUCCGAGCGCGUUGUGAGAGUGUUUAAAGAAAGCUGGGACUUCCAGCAAGGGAGACAAAGCGUAAGCGCAAAAUCGACCUCUUCCAGAAGAUUAGUCUAUAAGAAUCAUCUGAACUCCACGAAUCAUAAUCCAUUCGCUACAGAGAGUGGAAUGCAUCCCAGAGAUCACCUCUCUUACAUUGCCAAGAGAGACAAGAACAAAAUCUACGGCUCAUACCAAUCGGGAUACACCCGUGACGUUCGAUCUGAUAUUCUCAGUUAUUCCUCGUUUUCAAAGUUGAGUCUGUGAUACGCCAAUACUCAAAACUUGGACCAACAGGCUAAGAAAGGGAAAACCGAAACAAUACUUCCGCUUUCAACAUGACCGCAGCCACAAAUGCCGCCAAACUUCCUCCCGUGAGCUCUCCAAGAUCCGUGAUCAAAUCUUCCACGGGCAACCAAAUUCAACCCGGGAUCGCCAUUCAAUUAUUAACAGCUGGCUCAGCUGCGUGCGUUGCUGAUCUGUUCACCUUCCCUCUGGAUACGGCCAAAGUCCGCCUCCAGGUUCAAGGCGAAAGCUCUUCCGCAUCCCUGACGUCAAGCGCUCGACCUCGAUAUUCAGGCGUUGUGGGCACAAUAUCCGCCAUUUCCAAACGAGAGGGUGUUAAGGCGUUAUACAAUGGAAUCAUUCCUGGAUUACAGAGGCAAAUGGCGUUUUCAGCCAUUCGCAUUGGAGCCUAUGAACGCGUGAAAAAGUUCAUUCAAGAUGGAACUGGUUUGGACUCUGGCAUCGGACUCUUAUUCGUUCGCAUUGCUGCUGGUAGUGCGACUGGAACAAUGGCCAUCCUCACCGCUCAACCCACGGACGUGGUCAAAGUCCGAAUGCAAGCUGAGGCCAGAGAGCCAGGGCAAAGGUCGCAAUACCGUGGCGUGGUGGAUGCUUACUCGACAAUUGCGAGGAAAGAGGGCAUCCGAGGCCUGUAUAAAGGAACCUUUCCUAAUAUUGGACGAACUGCCAUAAUCAAUGUUGGAGAGAUUGUGGUCUAUGACGUGGUCAAGGAUCACUUGAUAACCAGCCAACUGAUGACGGAUGGGAUCCCUUGUCAUUUCACGGCCGCCAUAGCUGCUGGUUUUACAGCUACUUUGAUUGCGUCCCCGGUAGACGUGAUUAAAACUAGGUUUAUGAAUAGCCCUGAUGGAAAGUAUGGUGGUGCGAUUCAUUGUGCCAUGGAAACGGGAAAAAAUGAGGGCUUCAAAGCCUUUUACAAAGGUUUCACCGUUUCGUUUACGCGAUUGGUUUGCUGGAACAUUUGUCUAUGGAUCACUUAUGAACAAUUCAAAAAGGCUGUUAUCAACAUGUAUAACUAGCGGACCUCAAACAAAAAUAUUUCCACUCCCUUGGACUCUCCCAUCCAUGUGCCAGAUGUGCUAUGAACCCUUUAUCAAUAUCAUUGUUACAAUUGUAGAAAUGUCUUUACAAAAGCAACCAUAUUGGUUGAUGUCAUCAAAUCAUUAGAAAAUCAAUAGACCUCUUCCUUGGUGCGGAAAUUAGACUC